AUGGCACCAAAGAAGAGCAAGAAGAAGAGAACGAAGAUGAACGUGAAUGCGCCUGUUGCUUCGGGCACGUUGCGGGGUGAACAAGUGUCUAGCGCGAUCGAUGCCACGAAGAAUACUGCUCUACUCGAAGAUGUGUUGAAGGCGAAUGGAGAGGAGCACCUCUACGACACGAUCAAGCAACUAUCUGUUCACGUGGAAGACAACCCGCCCGUGAUAUUUGGAUGGCAAAACGUGGAGGUCUUUGUUGAAGCUAUCCGGGAUGCUCAAGAGCAAGCAAAUGCACCAGGAGUUGCGCCACUACCACCUGAUCCACUUGGUCUUCCUGCGGCGUUGACGUUGCAGAACUUCAAGGAAGCCGUGCUCGAUUAUGCAAGGAUCCAAGAAGCUCCUCCUCGUCUCGACACCACGUGUCUUCCAUGCUCGUUGAUGCAGAGCCAUCAUGUGGUAUGUAUGCUGCGGAGUCUCGACUUCAACCCGUGGAUCCAGCGCAUCAUUGCCGUUGGAGGACCAAAUGCACUGCCGAUCGCAUACGUCUACUUGCCGCGGCCUCGCUCGAUUACUCUUGACAGAGCCAUGCCGCCACUUCAGAAUAGCUUGUGGGGAUAG